AUGUCUCUCACGUUCAUCGUCAUCAUCAUCGUUUUCGUUACGAUUACUACGGCAACGACAAUAAGAACGGCAGCGUCGACGGCAGCGACGAAUCGUGAAAGCAUAGAUACUGAAGUAAAUCUGUAUCUACAAAAGUACGGCUACUUGAGUAGACGUAAAUGGGCGAAAACACAUCUCACGUGGAAUUUCCAGCUAGCGGAUCCACAAACCUUGCAAACUACCGAAUUUGCGUUCUCGCUAUGGGCAGCUAAUUCAUCUUUAUCGUUUGAACGUAAAACGAUAAAUCCCGAUAUCUUGAUAUCUUAUCGUAGUGGGACAUACACGUACGCUGAUCGUAGACGCAACGAAGAAAUUUGCACCUCUUCGUUAGAUGGACCUGGUGGAGUACUCGCUCACGCGUUCUAUCCUCCUACCGUUAACAAUUACAGCAGUGAAAUACACAUAGAUAGUGCAGAACCGUGA